CUUAUGGCCGAGCUAAUUGGGACGGAAUCAGAUGGAAUAGAGUCGAUUAGGAAGGAGUUAUCAGAGCUAGGAAGAAGCCUGAGAUCAUCGUUUCGACUUCAAGGUUCGAGUCAUCGAAGCAUUUCAUCUGUGAGCACAACAAAAGAUGAUAUUAACGAUGAAUAUGAUCUACAAUGGGCUGUUAUCGAGCGGUUGCCAACUUUUGAGCGCUUGAGGUCAUCACUGUUUGAUAAGGAGAACGAUGGAAGGGCGGUUGAUGGUAAAGGAAAGAAGGUGGUUGACAUUACCAAGCUUGGUGCAUUGGAACGUCAUUUUUUGGUGGAGAAGCUCAUCAGGCAUAUUGCGAAUGACAACCUUAAUUUGUUGCGCAGGAUUAGAGACAGAACAGAAAAGGUUGGUGUAAAAUUGCCCACCAUAGAAGUCAGAUAUCUGAAUUUAUGUAUUCAAGCAGACUGUGAGAUAGUUCAAGGAAAGCCCCUGCCCACUCUCUGGAAUUCUCUAAAAAGCAUGCUUCCUGGUAUUCCUGGAAUGCCAGGUUCAGAGUUGCGUAAGGCCAAAAUAAGCAUCAUCAAGGAUGUCAGUGGAAUUAUAAAGCCUGGAAGAGUGACUCUACUGCUUGGACCUCCGGGAUGUGGGAAAACUUCCUUUCUAAAGUCUCUUUCAGGGAUUCUAAGCAAAUCGCUUGAGGUCACUGGAACAAUUUCAUAUAAUGGCCAGAAGCUUGACGAGUUCAUCCCCCAAAAAACAUCUGCUUACAUAAGCCAAUAUGAUCAGCAUAUUCCAGAAAUGACUGUGAGGGAAACAAUGGACUUCUCAGCCCGCUGUCAAGGUGUUGGAAGCAGAGAAGAUAUCAUGAUGGAGAUCAGCAGAAGGGAGAAGGAGGCAGGAAUCGUUCCAGAUCCUGAUAUAGAUACUUACAUGAAGGCAAUUGCGGUCAAAGGGCUUAAAAGAACGCUUCAGACAGACUAUAUUUUAAGAAUCCUUGGGCUGGAUAUCUGUGCGGACACAUUGGUUGGAGAUCCCAUGAGAAGAGGCAUAUCAGGUGGUCAAAAGAAGAGAUUGACCACAGCGGAGAUGAUUGUUGGCCCAAACAAAGCUCUAUUCAUGGAUGAAAUAACAAACGGAUUGGACAGUUCGACGGCCUUUCAGAUUGUUUCUUGUCUUCAGCAACUGGCACAUUUAACUGAUGCCACUAUAUUGGUUUCACUUCUUCAGCCCACGCCAGAAACAUUUGAUCUUUUUGAUGACCUUAUUCUGAUGGCUGAAGGGAAAAUUGUGUACCAAGGCCCUCGUGAUCAAGCUCUGAAGUUUUUUGAGGAUUGUGGAUUCAGGUGUCCCGAAAGAAAAGGGGUUGCCGAUUUCCUCCAAGAGGUUAUUUCUAGAAAAGACCAAGCACAAUAUUGGCAGCAUCCCGAGCUACUGUACAGUUAUAUAUCAAACGAUAUGUUCUGUAGUAAGUUCAAGGAAUCUAAUAGUGGGAUGAAGCUAGAUCAGGAGCUUUCAGACACAUUUGAUAGGUCCAAAAGCCACAAAAAUGCUCUUUCUUUGAAUGUAUACUCUCUGUCCCGAUGGGAACUUCUUAGAGCAUGCAUGGCGAGGGAACUUCUUCUCAUGAGGAGAAAUUCAUUUCUCUAUGUUUUCAAAACAGUACAGCUUAUUUUCAUUGCAUCUAUCACGAUGACUGUAUUCUUGCGGACUCGGAUGGGAAUAGAUGUUUUUCAUGCCAACUACUAUAUGGGCUCUCUGUUUUACGCGCUAGUCAUACUCCUCGUUGAUGGAAUACCAGAAUCGGCAUUGACUGUUGCAAGGCUUGCAGUUUUCUAUAAACAAAAGGAGCUGUACUUUUACCCUGCUUGGGCUUAUGCAAUUCCAGCAUCUAUACUGAAACUUCCUCUUUCACUGCUGGAAUCUGUGGUUUGGACAUCGCUUACAUAUUAUGUGAUUGGAUAUAGUCCUGAGGCAGGCAGGUUCUUCCGCCAACUAAUACUUUUGUUCUCUGUGCACCUGUCCUCAAUAUCCAUGUACCGUUUUCUCGCCUCAAUCUUUCAAACUGUGGUUGCUUCCACCACAGCUGGUAGUUUUGCAAUUCUGAUAGUGAUGCUAUUUGGCGGUUUCAUCAUCCCGAAAUCCUCUAUGCCUGCGUGGUUGAAGUGGGGUUUCUGGAUCUCUCCAAUAUCAUAUGGAGAAAUCGGACUUUCUGUUAAUGAAUUUGAUGCUCCACGAUGGAAAAAGAUAUUGUCUGGAAACACUACAAUUGGGCAAGCAACCCUUGCAAGCCGAGGACUAAACUUUGAUGGGUAUCUAUUUUGGGUAUCAGUUGGUGCCUUAUUGGGGUUUACCUUACUGUUCAACAUCGGUUUCACUUUGGCCUUAAGUUUCUUGAAGCCUCCGGGAUCAUCACGUGCUAUUAUUUCACGUGAGAAAUACUUGCAUAUACAUAAAACUGAAGAUUCUCAUGACAGCAUAAAGCAUGGAGAGCCAAAGAAAGUUUCUGCUGGACCUGUGCAAUCAAGAAAUGGUCAAGUCCUUAAUUCUCCCGUUUGCAAUUAUAUUCGCACACCAAUUAGCUUUGAUGUUCCUUCAACCAUCAUUAAAAUUGGCUUUUUUACUGCACAAACAGGCAGGAUGGUUUUACCUUUCACACCAUUGACAAUCGUGUUUAAAGAUGUUCAAUACUACAUAGACACUCCUGUGGAAAUGAGAGAACGAGGGUUUGAACAGAAAAGACUGCAGCUUCUCUCUGAUGUCACAGGCGCAUUCAGACCUGGUGUUCUUACCGCAUUGAUGGGUGUGAGCGGAGCUGGGAAAACCACUCUUAUGGAUGUCCUUUCUGGGAGAAAAACUACCGGCUAUAUUGAAGGAGAAAUAAAAGUUGGUGGCUAUCCCAAAAUUCAAGAAACAUUUGCAAGAAUCUGUGGUUACUGCGAGCAAACGGACAUACAUUCCCCACAAAUCACUGUGAAAGAGUCUCUUAUAUUUUCUGCUUGGCUUCGUUUAGAUCCUCAGAUUGACUCAAAACGUAAAAUAGAAUUUGUCAAUGAAGUCCUGGAGACUAUCGAGCUUGAUGGAAUAAAAGAUUCUUUGGUGGGCAUACCUGGUGUUAGUGGUCUAUCCACGGAGCAACGGAAAAGACUCACGAUCGCUGUAGAACUUGUUGCAAAUCCUUCCAUAAUCUUUAUGGAUGAGCCUACAACGGGUCUUGAUGCUAGAGCUGCUGCGAUUGUCAUGCGAGCAGUGAAGAAUAUAGUUGAUACAGGAAGAACAAUAGUUUGCACCAUCCACCAACCCAGCAUUGACAUAUUUGAGGCUUUUGAUGAGUUGGUUUUAUUAAAAACUGGUGGACGGCUGAUUUAUUCAGGCCCCUUGGGACAUAACUCGACCAAGAUUAUAGAAUAUUUUGAGAGUAUUCCCGGGGUGCCAAAGAUUAAGAGCAACUACAAUCCAGCUACAUGGAUGCUAGAGGUGACUUCUACCUCGGCUGAAGCUGAACUUGGCAUUGAUUUUGCUCUAAUAUACAGAGACUCGGCAGUAUAUAAGACCAACAAAGAGCUUGUAAAGCAGUUGAGCACUCCGCCUAUCGGUUCUAGUGACUUGCACUUCUCCUCCCAAUUCUCACAGAACUGGUGGGGACAAUUCAAAUCAUGUCUCUGGAAGCAGUACUUGUCCUAUUGGAGAAGUCCUUCUUACAACUUGAUGCGUACCCUCCACACAUUUGCUGCGUCUUUUCUCUUCGGGGUACUGUUCUGGAACCAAGGGAAGAAACUAAACAACCAGCAGAACUUAUUCAACAUACUUGGUGCGAUGUAUAUAGCCGUGAUCUUCUUGGGCAUAAACAACUGUUCAUCAGUACUCCAGUAUGUUGCUAUGGCACGGACCGUCAUGUAUCGUGAGAGAUUCGCAGGGAUGUACUCUUCUUGGGCUUUUUCACUAGCACAGGUUGUUGUUGAGAUACCAUAUAUACUGGUUCAAGUAAUUUCAUUUGUUAUCAUCACAUAUCCGAUGAUUGGUUAUUUCGGGUCAGCAUACAAGAUUUUCUGGUACUCCUAUGUCAUGUUCUGCUCAUUGCUGUCAUUCAAUUACCUGGGAAUGCUGCUCGUGUCCCUAACACCAAAUUUCAUGGUGGCUGCAAUACUACAAUCUGCCUUCUACACAAGUUUUAAUCUUUUUGCUGGGUUUUUGAUCCCAAAACCGAAAAUUCCAAAAUGGUGGAUCUGGUUGUAUUAUGCGUGUCCAACAUCAUGGGCACUUAACGGUAUAUUAACUUCGCAGUAUGGAGAUAUUGAUAAGGAAAUAAUGGUGUUUGGAGAAACCAAAACUGUGGCGGCCUUCUUGAAGGAUUAUUUCGGAUUUCACCACGAUCAAUUGUAUGUUGUGGCCAUCGUCCUCACUGCCUUUCCCUUUGUUCUAGCAACUCUUUUCGCAUACUGUAUAGGGCACUUCAACUUCCAGAGAAGGUGACAUCAUAGUUCUCUGUUAGUAUUACAGUGAAAAAUCUAGUUGUACAACCAUCAAAACUAGCCAAAUAAAGUGAAUAAGUUCUUGUGACCAUGGAACGGCCUCAUUCAAACGUUUAGUAUUCUGUAUUUAGAACUGUAGUUGUUGCAG